AUGGACCUUAAAGGUCUUCAUCUUCUAAUUCUUUUGCUGCUGUUCCAGGGAUUUAAACUUGUUCAAGGAAGUUGUGGAAGUGAUCAGUUUCAGUGCAACAAUGGACAAUGCAUCGACAUAGGCUGGAGGUGUGACGGAACGAAAGACUGCACAGAUGAUUCAGAUGAGCUGAACUGUCCACCUCCGUCGUGCACCUCACAGGAAUUUAAAUGUGUGACAAGCGGUGAAUGCAUCCCAUCAGGAUUUGUCUGCGAUGGGGAGGAGGACUGCAUCGACGGCUCAGAUGAGCAAAGAACCUGUGGUGGACGGACCUGCAGCCCAAACCAGUUCACCUGUCGGGAGGGCCAGUGUAUCCCCAGCAAGUACAGAUGUGACCACGUAAAGGACUGCGUGGACAACUCUGAUGAGAAUAACUGCAACUAUCCACAAUGCACUGAGAAAACCUGUGCCAACGGGGCCUGUUACAACAACUCACAGCACUGCAAUGGACGAGAAGACUGCAGAGACGGCUCUGAUGAAUUCAACUGUACAACUCAGCAUUGCCCCAUCCACCAGUUCCAAUGUGCAAAUGGCUUCUGUAUCCCGAUGUCAUUUGUGUGUGACCACUGGGAUGACUGUGGGGAUGACAGUGAUGAGCAAAACUGUGAUUACCAGAGCUGCAGUGGCAACCAGUUCACUUGCGCCAGUGGCCGUUGCAUUCCUCAGCAGUGGGUGUGUGACAAGUUCAACGACUGUGGGGACUACAGUGAUGAGAGAGGAUGUGAUAGUAACUCCCGAGACUGUUACCCCGGUGAGUGGGGAUGCCCAGGCUCGACCAUGUGCAUACCAGUGGGAAACGUGUGUGAUGACAAGCCUGACUGUCCUGGAGGCACAGAUGAGACCAACACCACUGCACAGCAAACCUGCGGCCUGGAAAGGUGCUCAGCCUUGAGCUGUGAGUUCUACUGCCACCCAUCUCCUCAGGGUGGUGCAUGCUACUGCCCUGAUGGCUUCAUUGUAGCCAAUGACAGUCGGUCGUGUGUAGACUACAAUGACUGUCAGAUCUGGGGCAUCUGUGACCAGCUGUGUGAGGAUCGUCCUGGCACACACCACUGCAGCUGUGCUGAUGGAUACGUCUUGGAGCAAGGUCAUGUUUGCAGAGCAAAUGUGUCAGCUGGGCUGCCACAGCUAAUUUUCACCAAUGGGGGUGAUGUGAUGAUAGCUGAUCUGCACGGGCGCAUUGUCAGGAUUCUGGUGCCAUCCCAGGGAAAAGGUUUAGCAGUGGCAGUCGCCUACAGCUGGCACAAUGACAAAGUCUUCUGGAGUGAUACUUAUACCAAAAAAGUUUAUUCCGCCAACUAUUACGGAGGCGACAUUAAGGCAAUUCUGAAUAAUUCGGUUCACAGCGUCCAGAAUAUUGCAGUUGAUUGGAUCAACCUCAAACUUUAUGUACUGGAGGCCAGGGUGGAGCGCAUUGAUGUGUGUGACUUUGAUGGAGGAAAUCGAGUGACGCUGGUGGCUGAAAACCUGCGGACUCCUCAUGGCCUCGCCCUGGACCCAACAGUAGGCUACAUGUUCUUCACAGACAUGGGUGGUAACAAUGUGCAGUCUAAGCUCGAACGUGCCUUCAUGGAUGGCAGCAAUCGUUUCGAGCUGGUAAAGAGCAGGCUCGGCACGCCAACAGGAAUUACCCUUGAUAUCAUCACCCAGAGGGUCUACUGGUCUGACAGCCACUUUGACACAGUGGAGACUGUCACGUACAGUGGUUUGGACAGAAAAUUAGUCCUCAAUGGUGGAACACAGUCGCCACAUCCUUUUGGAAUUGCUUUAUUUGAAAACCACGUAUUCUUCACUGACUGGAGCAAGAUGGGUGUGAUCAGAUCAAAUCGCUUCAAUGGCAGCAACCCAACCCUCCUCUAUCGUGCCGCGAACCGGCCAGGCCAUGUUGUCGUCUCCCACCCUCUCAUGCAGCCUCUGGUGAAGAACCCUUGUGGGAGAAACAAUGGUGGCUGUGAGCAAAUUUGUGUCUUAAGUCACCGCACUGACAAUGAUGGUUUGGGCUUCCGCUGUAAGUGUCGCCAUGGCUAUGACCUCCAUUCGGACCUUCGGUCCUGCUUCAAGGUGAAGGACUACUUGCUGGUGGCCUCCUCACUGGCGGUGCGGGGAAUCCCACUGAAUCUGUCCACGCAGGAGGACAUCACUCUGCCCCUCACAGGCCUCGGGGCGUCUUUUUCUGGCUCUGCAAUGGAGUUUGACGGCAAUGAGGGGACUGUUUUCUACAACGACAGGUCCAAAGGCCUCAUCUAUAAGUCGAACCUCAAUGGCAGUGUUCAGCAGAUUUUGACAGGCUACAGAGUGGGGAUAGUUGAUGCCAUGGCAUAUGACUGGACCUCAAAAGUUUUGUUUUGGACCACAAGCACCUACAGCUCAGUGGUAGCCUUCAGAGUCACAGACAAGUCCAGACGAGACAUUGUGACGGGAUUAGGGAACCCAAAGGGAAUUGCAGUGCAUCCUAGUGCUGGCUACUUGUUCUGGUCUGACUGGUAUCGUCCAGCAGUAAUAAUGAGAGGCUUCACUGAUGGCAGCAAUGCUGUCCCUCUUGUCAACACAACACUGGGAUGGCCAUUUGGGCUUGCUGUUGACUAUAUGAAUAACAGGCUGUACUGGGUCGAUACCCUUCUUGAUCAGAUUGGCCACAUUGAUGUUGAAGGAAGUGACAGACAGACAUUUACCAACAUCGGCCAGAUCACUCAGCCCUACUCUUUGACAGUUUAUACAGACUACCUGUAUGUGUCUGAUACAAGGACCAGUGCUAUAUUCGAGAUGAGGAAGAGGGACGGUGGUGGGAACAUUAUGGUCAGACAAGGAAUCACCGGCAUCAUGAAUAUCAAGGCCUAUACAGCUGACCUCCACAGCACCUUCAAUAGCCGAUGUAACAUGCUGCCAAAUGGACACUGCAGCCACUUCUGUUUUCCAACUCCCAACUUUGGUCGAGUGUGUGGCUGUCCAUAUGGUAUGAAACUUCAGUCAAAUCAGAGGGACUGCAUCAAGGACGAUUCCGUUCCUCCACCUGACAACAUCUGCGGGGACUACUCUUUCGAGUGUGACGAAGGACGUUGCCGACCUAACUCUGACCGCUGUGAUGGGAUUGUUGACUGCAUAGAUCAGACUGAUGAGGCCAACUGCACAGAUUCAGGAGCGACCUGCUCUCCGUACGCCUUCACCUGCAACAACAAGCAUUGCAUCUAUGCCAGUUGGCGCUGUGAUGGCAUGGACGACUGCGGAGACGGCUCAGAUGAGAUUAACUGUCCCACUCGUGUCCCUACCAGCUGUUCAUCCGGCUACUUCACCUGCAACAACAACAGAUGCAUCUCUGCAAAAUGGGUGUGCGACGGUGAAAAUGACUGUGGGGAUGGCUCUGAUGAGCACAACUGCAAUUCAACCAUCACCACAUGCCCUCCAAACUACUUCUUGUGUCCCGAUCAUCGCUGCAUCAGUAGCUUCUAUGUUUGUGAUGGAGACCAAGACUGCUUGGAUGGCUCUGAUGAGAAAGAUUGUGAGUUUUCCUGUUCCUCCUUUGAGUUUGCCUGUGCCAGUGGGGACCAGUGUGUCUAUUCAAGUUAUCGGUGUGAUGGAGUGUUUGACUGCAGGGAUCAUUCUGAUGAACAAGGCUGCCCCACCCGAGGUCCAGGCCUCUGCCACGAUGAUGAGUUUCAGUGCCAGAGCGACGGUUUCUGCGUACCAGAUGAGUGGGAGUGUGAUGGUCACUCAGAUUGCGAGGAUGGGUCUGAUGAACACAACUCCUGCCCACCUGUCACCUGUAGAUCCAACUACUUCCAAUGCGCCAACAAGAUAUGCAUUCCAAUGAGUUGGUUGUGUGAUGGCGAAAAUGACUGCCGGGACAUGAGUGAUGAACUGAACUGCCCCACCCCUCCGUUUACUUGCCCCUCCGGACAGUGGCUGUGUCCGAUCAGUGAGGUGUGCAUCGACCAGGACAAGGUGUGUGACGGCCAAAGGGACUGUCCCAAUGGAGCAGAUGAGUCACCUAUCUGCAAUGAAGAUGACUGUUCACUCAGCAACGGGGGCUGCAGCGACAGUUGUAUUCAAGGCCCAUUUGGGGCUGAAUGCACCUGUCCACCAGGAUAUCAGCUCCUCAAUGACUCAAAGACCUGCGAUGACAUCAACGAGUGUGUGGUUCCUGGUUUCUGCAGCCAGCAGUGCUACAAUGAAAGAGGAAGCUUCAGGUGCCACUGUUCUGAUGGUUACCUCCUAGAGCCAGAUGGACGGACCUGCAAAGCUACGAACCCAAGUGCAGCUGUGCUUUUGCUUGCCAAACGUAGCCAGAUCAUUGCCAACCGAGUCAACAUAAGACCACCCCUGAUGAGUCCAGUGAUCACCGGUUUAAGUAUUGUGACUGUAGACUUUGACAGUGUCACUUCCAAAAUCUACUGGGCUGAUACCAAAGAGAAAAAGAUAUGGAGUGCCUACCAGAACGGCACUGGCAAACAAGCGGUGUUCUCAUCUGGUCUGAUGGUAACAGAGAGUAUUGCUGUCGACUGGGUUGGUCGGAAUCUGUAUUGGACAGACUCUGUCAUGGAGAACAUUGAGGUUUCCACUCUGGAUGGUCGUUAUCGCAAGGUCCUCAUGAGUAGAAAUAUUACCAACCCCCGUGGAUUGGUUUUGGACCCCCGUAACCAUACCAACCUGAUGUUCUGGUCAGACUGGGGCCAGAACCCCAGGAUUGAGCAGGCCAGCAUGGAUGGAACCAUGAGAAAAGUCAUCGUCAGCACUAAGAUCUACUGGCCCAAUGGCUUGGCCCUGGACUACACCACACAAAGAGUCUACUUUGCAGAUGCCUAUCUCAGAUAUAUUGACUACUGUGACUAUAAUGGAAACAACCGAUAUCAGGUUAUGGCAAGCGAUGUGGUUCUCCAGCACCCAUAUGGUAUGACCAUCUUUGAAGACACCAUAUACUGGUCAGAACAUUAUACCAGCAAGGUGAUGAGUACCAACAAGUUCCAUGGUGGCAACAUCACUACUCACAUGAACAAUGUCUACCAGCCCAUGGGCAUUGUGAUGGCUCAUCCCAUCAAACAACCCACAGCCAUCAACCCAUGCAGCGAACACCUGUGCACUCAGCUGUGCCUGCUGUCAACACUGAGACCCAGGUACUACACCUGCCACUGCCAAUCAGGUUGGAAGCUGGAUGCUGACAAGCGCACCUGUGUUAAAGAUGAGACUCCCUUCUUAAUGGUGGUUAGGGAUACUGUGAUUUUUGGCAUUCCCCUGGAUCCCACAGACCCUUCCAACAAUGCAAUGACCCCAGUGUCUGGCAUCAGCCAGGGGCAGGAUAUUGACUUUGAUGAUCAGGAGCAGUUUGUCUAUUGGGUGCAGAGCACUGAUUCGAUUUGGAGAGUGAAAACCGACGGAACAAACAAAACUCAGUUUGCUCCAGCUGCUUUCAUGGGCUCACCGGCCGGUCUGGCUUUUGACUGGAUAGGCCGAAUAAUGUAUUACACCAAUCCCACUGCCAAAACCAUUGAAGUUAUCCGUGUUGAUGGAAGUGAGCAUUACAGGAAGAUCCUUAUCACCUCUAACGGAAAACCAGAGGGAGUAGGAGAGCCCAUUGGAAUUGUGCUGGAUCCAGCCCGAGGAAAGUUAUUUUGGUCAGACAAGGGGUCGGACAGUGGAGUUCCUCCAAAGGUCGCCAGCGCUGACAUGGAUGGCAGCAACCUUGUGAACCUCUACACAGGCAGCAUGGCUAACAUAGGGUUCAUCACUGCUGACAUCUCCACCAUGAAACUGUACUGGGGCGUGGCUGGCACAGGGGUGGUGAGUACAAGUUACCUGUUUAAUAUUUCGUUCUUAUUUUCCCAGAUUGAGCGUGGCACUAUGGACGGGGCAAGCCGUGUGACAGUGGUCAGCAGUCUGUCCCAUCCAUGGGGGCUGACUAUUUACCAAAAUUACCUCUACUACACUGACCUGGACUAUGAGGUCAUUGAGAGGGUGGAGAAGGACACUGGCGCCAAUAUGGUGGUGAUGAGGAGCGGCAUGUCUGGCCUCCAUGGUCUCAAAGUGCAUGCAAGAGACAACUCAGCAGGAACCACUAAUGCCUGCAGCUCCAACAACGGCGGCUGUCCGCACCUCUGUUUGCCCAAACCCGACAAUAAGAAGACCUGUGCCUGCACUACAGGGUUUCACCCAUCUCCAGAUGGCUCCAGCUGCCAAGAGUAUGAAUCUUUCGCCGUUGUCUCCACUCGCUCAUAUAUCCGUGGCUUCCACGUAAACAGCUCUGACCACUCUGAAGCUAUGGUGCCUGUUGGCGGAUCAUCAUAUGUCAUUCAUGAUAAGGUGGAUGCCCACAUUAAAUCUGGCUAUGUGUACUGGACUGAGAACAGCACCUACUCCACAUACAAGGGUAUUUUCAAAGCCAGAACUGAUGGAGGGCAUUACACCAGAGUUCUCCCUUCAGGAGUUGGCGUAAGAGGCAUUCAGGGUCUGGCUGUUGACUGGAUUGCAAAUAACUUGUAUUUCACCAAUGCUCAUAAAACCGAAACCUACCUGGAGGUGAUGGCCAUCAACACGACCUUCCGAAUGAUUCUCAUUAAGUCCUCUGAGGAUCAGCCCCGGGAUGUGGCUGUCAGCCCUAAACUUCGCUACCUCUUUUGGACUGAUGCUGGUCAGACACCGAAGAUUGAGCGGGCCUUGCUGGAUGGCACAAACCGCACAGUGUUGGCAUCAGAGAGCUUAGCGUCACCUCGUGGCCUAACAGUUGAUUACAGUAAUAACUUCCUCUACUGGACAGAUGAUGUUCUUGAUAUGAUCUCACGCAUGGCCAUAGACGGCACAGAGAGGCAGAUUAUUCGGUAUGGGAGCCGGUAUCCAUCUCCAAUGGGACUAGCUAUAUUAGGAAACUACAUUCUGUGGGUGGAUAAAAGGCUUGGAAAGCUCUUCCAAGCCAGUAAGGACCCAGCCAAUACCGACCAGCCAGAGGUAAUCCGAGACAAUCUCGAUGAGCUGAUGGACGUCACCAUCUUUGACGCACAUGUCCAGCCUACAUCUGCCAAUCUGGUAGGAUUUAACCCAUGCCACGAAGACAACGGACGCUGCCAGCAGCUCUGCUUUGCCAUUCCAGACAAGCAAGGACCUAAAUGCGCUUGUGCCCACGGGACACUUCUUGGUAAUGGAGUAUCAUGUGGUUAUGAACCGGAUGAGUUCUUAGUUUUCUCCACAGGCUACACGCUAAAUAGCCAGAGGUUAGACCCAACGGAUCAUAGUCUACCCUAUCCAACUGUGACCUUGGGCAAUGGCGUAAUGGGCCUGGAUUAUGACUUCCGAGAGAAACGAAUUUUCUUCAUGCAGUAUGUCGGGAUAGGUCGGAGCAGGAUUGGCUACAUCACCACAACAUCUGUCACCAGCCCCCCUGUCACUAUCAUCUCAAAUUUGGACAAUCCAAAGGGUUUGGCAUUUGACUGGAUAAACAAGCGUCUUUACUUCACCGACUACUUUAAACGUAAUGUCCAGUCGAUCGGAGUAGAUGGAGGUAACCGGUCAAUCAUAGCCCCUGCAAACUGGCCCAAAGGCAUCGUUGUUGAUCCAUGCUAUGGUUACUUAUAUUGGACUGACUGGGGAUCUCCAGCUAAGAUUGAGAGGGCAACACUGGGUGGAAGCUUCCGGACUGUCAUCAUCAGCACGGGUCUGACAUCACCCAACGGACUGUCUAUAGACUAUGAGGAGAGGAUGCUCUACUGGGUCGAUGUUUCACAAGACAAGAUUGAGCGGUCGACCCUGACUGGUGAGAAUCGAGAAGUGAUCAUGCAAGGGCUCAGCUAUCCAUUUGGUAUAACUGUCUACAAGCAGGAUAUCUUCUGGACCGACUGGACUGAAAGAGGUGUCUUCAGGGCUAGUAAGAAUGAUGGCUCUGGCUUUACAGUGCUAGCCCAGAAUCUGGAGUACCUACCAAAAGACAUUCACGUUCAUGCUGAAUCAAAGCAGGAGAUUUGCUCCAGCUUCUGUCAGCAGUUCAACGGUGGCUGCAGUCAUGUCUGUGUUUCUGGUCCCGUCGGCCCUGAGUGCCAGUGUCCUCAUGAGGGGAACUGGUAUCUGGCAAACAAUGGCAAAGACUGUAUACAAGACACGGGGAAACGCUGUCAGGCAGAUCAGUUUACCUGUCUCAAUGGUAACUGUAUCUUAGCACGCUGGAAGUGUGAUGGCUACAAUGACUGCCACGAUAACAGUGAUGAGCUCGAGAGAGUUUGUGCCUUUCACACCUGCUCAGCCACAGACUUCACCUGCGACAAUGGGCGCUGCGUCCCACUCAGCUACACCUGUGACUACACAAAUGACUGUGGUGACAACAGUGAUGAACAGGGCUGCCCCUUCCCCACAUGUAACCCUGCUACCGAGUUCACCUGCGCUAACGGACGCUGCAUCAGCGCCAGCUUUGUCUGUGAUGGCUACAACGACUGUCGGGACAACGCUACCUCCGACGAAAUCAACUGCCCUGAUCGUACAUGUCCCAAUGGCCAGAUCAAGUGUGACAACACCAACAUCUGCAUCUACCCUGGAAACCUAUGUGACGGCUUUAACAACUGUGGAGACAACAGUGAUGAGAAUCCUCUCUUCUGUGCGGGGCGUACAUGUGCUCCCGAUCAGUUCCGUUGUGAUGUAGGAAAGUGUAUCCCUCAGACUUGGGUAUGUGACUCCAUCAAAGACUGCACUGAUGGGACAGAUGAACCUCCCUCUUGUGAAGAUAUAAUCAGAACAUGCAGUCCAAACCAUUUCACUUGUACCAAUGGAAACUGCGUCCCUGAGUCACUGGUGUGCGAUGGCAACAAUGACUGCUGGGAUAACAGUGACGAGGCUCCUGAGCUGGAGUGUGGCCAACGAACCUGUAGUUCUGACCAGUUCACCUGUCCGACCUGGUACCCGGGCCAUCCACGCUGUGUGCCUUUAAGCUUUGUGUGUGAUGGGGAGAAAGACUGUGCCAAUGCAGCUGAUGAGCUCCAGAACUGUCCCAACCGGACCUGCCACAUGAAUGAGUUUGCCUGCGCCAACGGGCUUUGCAUCCUCAUCCCCUUCCACUGUGAUCGCGUGAAUGACUGCGGAGAUGGCAGCGAUGAGUUGCGCUGUACGUAUGAUACCUGCAGCAGCAACCAGUUCACCUGCAGUAACGGAGCCUGCAUCUACUCUUUCUACAUCUGCGACGGACAGAACGACUGUUUGGAUGGUUCGGACGAGGCGGACAGCUUGUGCCUCACGCCUCAGCCCACCUGCUCUCCUCAACAGUACAUGUGCAAGUCGGGAGAGUGCAUCGAUUCCAAUAAGGUGUGCAAUGGACAGAAGGACUGUCAGGACGACAGUGAUGAAAAAGGCUGCGGAAUUAAUGAGUGUCUCAACCCAGCAGUCCACAAGUGCGCCCAAAUCUGCACUGACACCCUCACCGGUUAUUACUGUUCCUGCAACCCAGGCUACCAGCUCAUGCCAGAUGGCAAAGCCUGCGAGGACCUCGACGAGUGUGUCAGCACACCCGCCGUCUGCAGCCAGAUCUGCGAGAACAGUUUUGGCUCAUACCACUGCAAAUGCGCCCCAGGGUACAUCCGCGAACCGGAUGGACGCACCUGCCGUCAGAACAGCGGCAUCAACCCAUACCUCUUGUAUACCAAUCGCUACUACAUCCGCAAUUUGACCACUGACGGGUUACAGUUGAGCAUAGUCCUGCAGGGCCUGACAAAUGUGGUGGCAUUAGAAUUUGAUCACUAUGAGAAGAGGCUGUACUGGCUGGAUGUAGGGGCAGGAAAGAUUGAGAGGAUGCGCUUCGAUGGGAGCGACAGGGAGACGCUGGUGAGCAACGAUAUAGGAGGAGCUGAAGGCCUGGCGCUGGACUGGGUUGGCAGGAAGUUGUACUGGGUGGACAGGUAUUACAGCUCAGUUCAUGUGAUGGAGCUGGAUGGGCGCUACCAGAAGAAACUGCUGUCGGGACACUUUACAGAUAGAAAUCACACCUACGUUAUCACCAGACCUCGUGCUGUGGCUGUUAACCCUAAAUAUGGAUGGCUGUACUGGACCGACUGGGGUGACGCAGCAUAUAUCGGCAGAGCUGGCAUGGAUGGAACAAAUAUCAGUGCAAUUAUCACAACCAAGCUGGAGUGGCCUAAUGCUCUAACUAUAGACUACACCAACAACAAGAUCUUCUUUGCUGAUUCCCACCUUAACUUUUUGGACUUUGCAGACAUGGACGGCCAGAAUCGGCACCGGGCCAUCGCUGGCUCGCUUCCCCAUGUAUUUGCUGUUUCUCUAUUUGAGGACUGGGUCUACUGGACAGACUGGAACACGCAUACUGUGGAAAAAGCUCAUAAGUACACUGGCGAGGAGCGUACAGUUAUGGGCAACAACACCCAUCGCCCCUAUGACAUUCACGUCUACCAUCCCUACAGGCAGCCUCGAAGUGAGAACCCUUGCUCGUCCCAUGACCUGACCUGCAGUCAUUUGUGUCUGAUCGCGCCUGGAGGGCAGCGAGCUACCUGCGAGUGUCCCGAUCACUUCAUUGGUGUGGCUGUUGGAUUUAAGAUCCAGUGUGUUGCUGACUGCUCCAGUACCCAGUUCCGCUGUGGGGACAAUGAGAAGUGCGUUCCGAUAUGGUGGAAGUGUGAUGGUCAGUCGGACUGUGGUGAUGGCUCGGAUGAACCUCAGACCUGCCCACCUCGCUACUGUUCAGCUGGCCUGUUCCAGUGUCAAGAUGGCAACUGCACCUACCCUGGCUUCCUCUGCAACGGCCACCAAAACUGCCCUGAUGGCUCAGAUGAGGAUGCUGCUCUCUGCAGCGAUCACCGCUGCGCUGGAAACCAGUUCCAGUGUAAAAACAAAAGGUGCAUUCCUGUGUCCUGGCACUGCGAUGGAAUAGUUGACUGUACAGAUGGCAGCGAUGAAGAUGCGGAGACUUGCUCCCAGAAGACCUGCAAACCGGGAGAGUUCACGUGUGCAAACGGCCGCUGUGUGCCGUCAAUGUAUGUGUGCGAUGCCCAGGACGACUGUGGUGAUGGAUCUGAUGAGCCGUAUGAAGUCUGCAUGGGUCCAGACUACAAGUGCGAUGAGGAUACAGAGUUCUCCUGCAAGACAAACUACCGCUGUAUUCCUCAGUGGGCCCGCUGCGACGGCUCAAACGACUGCAUCGACAACAGCGACGAGGAAGGCUGCGAGGAAGUGACCUGUGACCCUCUGGGAGAUUUCCGUUGUGACAAUCACCGCUGCAUUCCCAUCCGCUGGCAGUGCGAUGGCUCUAAUGACUGUGGCGACAGCUCAGACGAGAGAAACUGCCAGCCAAGGCCGUGCUCUGAAAGUGAGUUUCGAUGUGACAACGAGCAGUGCAUUCCCGGAAGCUGGACGUGUAACCAUGUCAACGACUGUGGGGACAACUCGGACGAGCGAGACUGCGAGUUGCAGACAUGUCGUCCAGGUUCUUUCCAAUGUGACUCGGGUCACUGUAUCCCCGCUAUUCUGCAGUGCGACAACCGACCCGACUGUCUGGAUCUGUCAGAUGAGACCAGCUGUCCUACUCGAUACCCUGGAGGCCGUUACUGCCCUGAGCACCAGUUCCAGUGUGCGAACCACAUCUGUGUGAACCAAGGCUGGGUGUGUGAUGGCAUUGAUGACUGUGGGGACAGAUCUGAUGAGCAACUCAACUUAUGCUUGAACAUCACCUGUGAGAUGCCAUCUCGGUUCCGCUGUGACAACGGCUACUGUGUCUAUGCUGGAGUGCUGUGUAAUAAGAAGGACGACUGUGGAGACGGCAGUGAUGAGAAAGAAGACCUCUGCCGCGAGCCCACACUGGCCCCCUGCACACUGGAGGAGUUUAAAUGCACCAACGGACACUGCGUGCCCCUGCAAUACGUGUGUGACCACAAUGACAACUGUGGAGACCGCACAGACGAAAUGGGCUGCAAUUUUGGCCUUGAUCGCAACUGUGACGAGAAUCUGUGCCAGCAUGAGUGCACAAACCUCGAUGGCACAGGCUUCAUCUGCUCCUGCAGGCCCGGAUACACAGUGGACCCAGACAGCACCUACACCUGCCUGGACAUCAAUGAGUGCGAGGUGUACAGCACCUGUCCUCAGGUCUGUAAGAACACCAAAGGCAGCUACGACUGUGAGUGUGCCCCCGGCUACAGGAAAGUGGGCAAUGGCAAAAUGUGCGAGGCUGUGGGAGCAGCUCCCAUGCUGCUUCUACCGGAGAACAUUCGUAUCCGGAGGUUCAACCUGCAGACAGAGGGCUACCAUGACUUCAUCGAAGAACAGGAGCACAUCAUGGCUCUGGACUACGACUGGGACCACAACAACACAGGAUUCAGUAUGGUGUAUUUCACUGUUGCUGGUAAAGACGCUAUGCCAGGCGCCAUAAAGAGAGCAUACAUACCAUCAGUGGACGAUGGCAGUAAUAACAUCGGUGCUGCUGUUGAUCUCGGCGUCAAAUACAUCACCAGCCCAGACGGCAUCGCUGUGGAUUGGGUCGCCAGAAACCUUUACUGGGCAGACUCCAAGCUGCAGAGGUUAGAAGUGGCCUUCUUGGAUGGACGCUACAGGAAGCACCUUGUCAAGACUGACCUGGGUCACCCAUCUGCUGUGGCUGUGAACCCACGACUGGGAAUGCUGUACUGGGCAGAUCGUGGGACCACAGCCAAAAUUGAGUGUUCCUGGCUUGAUGGUCAGGAGAGAAAAGUUCUUGUGUCUGAUGGUCUUGGGUGGCCCACUGGCUUGUCAGUCGACUUCACCAACAAUGACAGAAUCUACUGGUCAGACUCCAAGGAGAGCCGCAUAGAGUCUAUUCUGCCAUCAGGAGAGCAGCGUAAAACGGCCGUGUACAUAGAUGUAAGGAACCCCUUCAGUGUGAGUGUAUUCGAAGACCAUGUUUACUGGAGCACUCAGGAAAAGGGCGAGGUGUUUCGACAGGACAAGUUUGGCCAGGGUGACAAGAUCAAGCUGCUGACUGCUGGACCCUGGCUCACCCAGGUCUCUGUGUACCAGCAGCAGAGAUACAACACCAUAGCCAUGAAGAAUCCAUGCAAGGGAACCUGCAGCCACCUGUGUUUGCUCCGACCGGGGGGGUACAGCUGUGCCUGCCCCGAGGGCACCAGCUUCAUCCCAGGCAGUAAAACUGAAUGUGAUGCAGUUGGAAUAGCCAUCGGGGUAACGGUGGCGGUUGUGGCUCUGCUGGUUGCUCUGGUCUAUGCUGCCAAGAAGAAGUCGAAUCUGGCCGAGAGUUUGCGGAACAACUUGCCAAGCAUGCCCAAAAUGCCCAGUAUGCCAUCAAUGGCUAAUUUUCCAAACUUCAGGAAUGGUUCAACCCAAAAUGGCAUGAAAAGAGAAGACAAUGAAGGCCUGCAGAAUGGAGAGGCGGUCCCCUGUACGUCCGUAUUCACGGUGGAGACAUCAGGGAAGAAUUUUGAGAACCCAGCGUAUGAAGGUGGAGAACCGCUACCCUCCAACAACUUGCCUAAAGCCACCUCCGCUCCUAUGGCAACAAAUGAGGAGUUUGUUGAGAAUCCCUUAUAUGGGAAAGAGGCUCAAGCUGUGAUUGAACGCAUAGGAAGUGAUUCCAAGCCUGAGGUUUCCAUCGAGGAGGAUUUUGGGAUCCCAGCAUAUGGCUCUGGCGUACCAGCUGUUUCGAGCACGCAGCCAAAUGGAGAUGAGAGUUCUGCAUCUUUCCAAAACCCUGCAUACACGGAGGACCCGUAACACAUUACCGAUUCUGAGACUAGACUGGACCUUGUUUCAGGACUAAAACCCUCACUUUCUUCUGUAAAACAGCGGCACCGUUUCAACAAACUCAACAAAUCAGAGAAAGUCAAAAACUAACCGGCUUUAAAUUCAUGGUAGCUAUUUGUGUAAAAAAAUAAAUAAAUAAAAAAGCACUAUUAUAAACAUGAUUUAAUAUAACUGAUAAGAAACUUGUUCAAUGAUUUUUAAGAAACUCAGUAAAAACUUAUAUUAUAUUAAUAAUUAAAAGUUUGUAUUUCUUUUUGUAAAUUGUGAGAAAGUUAUGUAAUAAAACUGCCAUUAUCAUCA